GUACGAGGGAGUUUAACACAAAACCAUUCCGUGACCAUGAAGAUAAAAAGCAUUUCGCUUUACUCGUUACAGUAAUUAAGAUAAGGUCGCCUAGAUCAAGAAAUAACUGAACCACUGUAUAGGCAAAAAUAGACGGCUUGAGAUAAGAAUGAAAGAAUUGUGUGUAGACGUAAUAGCUGCCACGGUUGUAUUUUCUAUGUUUUACUUUAUAAAUCAAAAGAAGGCAGCAUAAAUCACUUUAUCUAAAGAUUCUAAAUUCUUAGGCCCUAUAUUGUCGAAUAGUCGCUCUACAGGGUAGGAAAAAGCCUGGGUAUUCAAUUUGUUGUAUUGUAGCCAUGAGUGUAAUUAGCAUAGCUAUUAAGCACAAGGAGCCUGAGCUAAUGCCAUUGAUGGAUAGAGAUUAAUUGUAAAGAACGUUGACAAAAAAACAAGAGACAAAAAGUGCCAUAAUUGUAAUGGUUUGGACAAAAGCGAUUUUAUUGUUACAACUUAUGUGAUUAGAACUGCAGACUUGCGAAAAUUCGCUAAUUGCAACUUCGUUAUCUUCAAUUAGCAGUGUGAAGUAGAUAAAAAUCUGGUCGUAAAACUCAAAAAGAUUGUCAGAAACUGGCAAGAAGGAACACUGAGGCAGCCACGCGAACCAGAUUUGGAUAAAGAGGAAAACGCUUAGCUUCGACUGUUUGGAUAAACUGGUCUUUGUUUCCACUGUCAAAGGAAUACUUUUUUCUGAGGGACUGCAGCAUUUGAAUGGACUUGACUUCACAAAGACUGACAGUUUAAAUGCUUUGCUUAAGAGACCGGCAGCAUAUGGCGGAUGAAACAAUAAAAACUGAUGUCAAAUCUGAAUAAGAAUAAACAGUUUGGAUGACUUAAGAAACAAAACAUCCACAUGUACGUGCUGGCUUAAAAUUGCUUACGAAAAUCAAAGAUCCUGGAUUUGAGCACGCGACAGAAGUGCCGAAAUGAGCUCAAUUCCGGAGCCAGAAAACAGAGUUAACAACUCAGCACCCGAAACAGAGCCGACAGUAUCCGAACAUCAUCCGAAGGCCGAAGUAUUAGCCGAGCCCCUUCCGGAAUGGUCGAAGGCCGUUGAAGAGUGGGGAAUUGGGUGGGAUUUUCAUCAGUACGGCCUGGGCGCCAUCUACACCUUGGUUUUCCUCUUCAUAGUGAUUUCGUUGAGGAAACGCUUCAAAGGAGCUCGGGUCAUCCCGCAAAACAAAGUCCCGAUCAUUGUUUUGAGUCUAUUGGGACUGUUCUGUUUUACAAGAAGCCUGUUUCUUUGCAUUGAUGCGUACCAUUGGAGGAAAAUUGCCCCCGUUUUCGUGAUAAACAUUCUCUGGGGAAUUGGACAGCCUUGUCUUAUAACUGCCUACACUUUGGUGUUUAUUGUAAUGAGGAACGCUCUAGUACUCAAGCUUCGAUUUCAGAAGUGGUAUAAUACAAGGAACAUUGCUAUGGCAACACUGCCAUAUUUCUUCUUCGUGUUGGGAGCUGAGUUCACGAUUUCUUUCAUCCCUGCGUUCAAGGGACUAACUUUCGCUUGCCAAGCCCUGUAUAUUGUGUUUGGUUUGUCUCUCACGGUAUUCUAUUCCAUGGUAGCGAUUCUAAUCUGGAAAAAAUUUACAAUCAUCGAAUCGAGCAAGAGAUGGGCUACAGAAUCAUCCAGAACACGCGGGACUCGCACGCGCGCGAUCUUUCGCACGUGUCUCGCGGCAGUCGUGGGCGGCGUUCUAAUUUGCGUCAUGCAAGUCUACGCAAUGUCAAGCAUUUAUGGUGUUUUUUCCGACGCGCGUCACGUUUCAGCAUGGCCGUGGUUAGCGUUUCAAACGAUGCUUCGAAUUGUGGAGAUUUACAUGGUGGUUGUCCUGUGGUACGCGGUGAAUGAGAGGAACACGCAAGGGAAGAAAAGCGAUUCACUGACACCAACUAUUGGGUCGGUAGAGUCUCCCGCAAAUGAAAACACUGUUGAGCUUCAACACGUUUAAAUGAAAUUAUCUCAUAAAGUGACGGAAAAACUAAGAAGUCUUUUUCUUUCCGAGAGUGCCGAAAACCCUUGGAGACCUGGGUGGGCAUAUCUACAAUCGUGGACAAAAGUCCUUGGGACACUUAUGUAAUGUAACGAAUUAUCUGUGUUUUA